AUGGGAAACUCGGAAUCAUCGCAUGGAAACAUGAAUAAUCAAAAACGAGCAUUAUCACAAAGUCCAUCAGCUAGAUCAACAAGUGUGCGAGGUGUUCCUGUUGAAGGUGGAGGAAUACGAAGGUCUCGAACUACCAGGCAUAGAGAUCGAAGUUUGAGGCGAGCCGUUUGUCCAGUUACUGGGUUGACACUACAUCAAAAAGCGUUGCUGGCGAGAAAAUUUAAUCGAAUGGAUCGAGGUGAAUAUUUUUUAUAUUUUGAGAAGCCUACGAUUGUUGGGAGAAAUUUCAUUAAAAAACUUAGGAACUUGUAGGAAAAAAUUAUGUAUACUCUAAAAAAAAAAGACUUCUGGAAUAAAACUUGAAUUUUGAUUUUCCGAAAAUUGAGUUCAGAUUACUAUAAUUAUUAUGAUCUCAAAAUUUCAAGAAGUUGCAAUUUUUCUGAGAAUCUCUUUCUGUCUGACCAUGGGUCAAUUUUUUCAUUUAUUGUUAGUGCUAAUCUUCACACAAAUUUAGCCAAUUAACAACUUUCUCUAACUGAGCCAAUUUUUUUCUGAAACAUCUCAAAUGACUCAAAAAUGCUUUUCUCUUCUGAUAAAUCAUCACCUGAUCACAGUGUAUUGUAGCCUCUAUGUUUUUCUGUUCCCGGAGAAAAAAAGCAAAGUGUUCUCUGAUUUCACUUCAAAAAAUCUUCUCUCUUUUUUUCUAGGAACCGUUUACGAAAUGGGUCGACGGAUGUUUGAACAUGUAUUCUCAGAAAAUCCACAAUAUUUGGUAUACAUUGAUUUGAAAAACGAGGCUAAUUGGUGGAAUCAUAUCAAUUUCAAGAUCCAUGUUCAGGUUAGUUUGUAAUGGAUAUCUUGUUUUGGUUGGAAAUAGAUAGAAAGGGGAAAAAACAUAUUUGUUUUUAGCGAUUUGUAACAGUGCUCAUUGAAACGAUGAGAAGACUCAAAGAACCAUCAACUUCUAUUGAUAUCUUAAGAGAUUUUGGAGCUAUUUAUGCAAAGUACGUGUGUAAAAUGCACAUAAAUCAAUCCCACUAAUUUGUUUUUCAGAUAUCCUAAACGAGUUUCGGCGUUGUAUUUUGAGAAAUUGGCAAAUGCCAUGAUUGAAGCUGCUGGACAACUUCAGGAAAGUGAUCAUUUGGAAGUUGAGAAAACACAAAGUCGAAUGGAAGAUGUUACAGAUUCUUCAAGCACUGAUAACACGGUACUUUUUUCCACCAAUAUUGAUUUCUCCCACCGUCUUUCCUAAUUCUGAAGUGUUCUACUAGAUAUUUGUCUUCUUUUUUUUCUCCAUCUCAUUUCCUAUUUUCUCGAGGCUAGAAAAAAUUGAUGAGCUUCCCAUUUUUACGGAUGAGCUGGAAGAUUUUUUAGUCAAAAAAUAACCAAACACGAGGAAAAAAAUUUGUCAACUUUAGUUGCAAAACAAGCCUCUUGAGAUACAAACUUCGAAAUCGAAAUCAAGAUUUCGUUUCUUUUGCAAAAAAUCUGAAAGAGCCGAAAAAUUAAUUGUUUUUUGAAAUUGCCCAUUAAAAUGUUCAUGUGUGUUCUUUUAUUUUCAGUCGAACAACAUUUGCACCUCGUGCACUUCUUCAUUAUCUCAACCAACUCCAACAAGAUAUCCAAGACCAUUGACCACACGACAUUCCGAAUCACAAAUGCAAACUUUGAGAGAGGAAUCAUCUUAUUGUGAAUCUUGUACAAAUAGUCGAAGAUGUUCACAUGAUACAAGUUCAAAUUCCAAAUCUUUAUGUCCAAUUACUUCAGAAGCUUGGUUGGUAUUAUCUGCAUUUAUUGCGAAUCAGAUUAAAUUUGGAUAUGAACUCGAAAAAUUGUUAAUCGCUGAAAUGUCGAAGCUUGGAAUUGAAACAAUGCCAUGUGAACAUCCGGAAGAUGAUCAAAUUUCACGAGAACCACAGAGUCAAUUGGUCUAG